UUUGUGUUGGUAUCUCAAGUCACCAAGUCACGUGGUUUUGACUUCCCAAGGUCAGGUUUAUUUACAUGAAACGUGGUCAAAAUUAGUCGUUUAAAAUGAGUGAAAACAAGAUAAUUCUGGUGACUGGGGGCUCAGGUCUUGUCGGCAAGGCCAUUCAGACUGUACUUGAAGAUGAGAAAAAAUCUGACGAGACUUGGAUUUUUGUUAACAGCAAAGAUGCAAACUUAUGCGAUUUGGAAGAGACGAAAAAAUUGUUCGAGAAGCAUAAACCCACCCAUGUGAUCCAUUUGGCGGCGAUGGUCGGGGGGCUAUUCCACAACAUGAACCACAACUUGGAUUUUUUGAGGAACAAUUUGCAAAUGAAUAGUAACGUACUGGACGUCAGUUAUGCAACAGGAGUGAAAAAAGUGGUUUCUUGUUUAUCAACUUGUAUUUUCCCUGAUAAGACCAGUUAUCCCAUUGAUGAGACAAUGAUACAUAAUGGGCCCCCACACCCGUCAAAUUUCGGCUAUAGCUACGCCAAACGGAUGAUAGAUAUCAUGAAUAAGGCUUAUCACGAGCAGCACGGUUGUCUUUACACUUCGGUGGUCCCGUGCAAUGUUUUUGGCCCCCAUGAUAACUACAAUCUUGAGUCAAGUCAUGUCAUUCCGGGCUUGAUAAGGCGGCUGCAUGAUGUGACAGAGGCUGGGGGCAAAACCUUUACUGUGCUGGGCACGGGGAAGCCCCUCCGCCAGUUCAUCUAUUCCCUUGAUUUGGCUAAACUGUUUUUGUGGGUUUUACGCGAGUAUAACGAAAUUGAACCGAUUAUAUUGUCAGUUGAUGAGGCCGCGGAAGUGUCGAUACGACAGUUGACCGAAGAAUUAGCCAAAGCCUUUGAUUUUAAAGGCGAAAUUGUCUUUGAUACGACCAAAGCAGAUGGGCAGUAUAAGAAAACAGCAAGUAAUGCGAAACUGCGCAAAUAUCUCCCGGACUUUGAGUUUACGCCCUUUCCAGUGGCCGUGAAGGAGAGCGUGGAUUGGUACCGAGCCAAUUAUCAGAAUGCACGCAAUUGAGGAAUAUUUUAAUGAUUUAUUAAUAAAAAGUUUAAACUGGAA